UCCACGUAUACAUUCACCACUCAAUUCGAAUUCACGACAUCAUCCGCACUCGAAGCAGCGCGAAAGGCAGUGCAAUCGUCGCCAUCAAUCCUGCGUGGUGAAUAUAGCCUGGGCGUCCUCAACCCUGCCUCAUCGAAACGGCCAGGCGGGGCUAGCCUAAAUGGUGGAAUGACGCUUGAGGAAUGCCUUGUGCGUCAUACUACCCUUUUUGAUUCUUUACAGAAUUCCACUGCAGGUGCACAAUUCUACGCGGAGCACCGCAAGACAACUGAUGGUUCCGGGCUUCAUGACCACGCAAUGCUGUACAGUCCGAAGGUUACCGUUAUCAAGGACAAUCGUGGACGGCGGAUCACGCCCUAUUCUAUCAACGUCAUUUCGAGUGUUCCAGUACAUGCAGGUACCGUCCGAGCGAAAUUUAACAUUGACGACACCGAAUUCAAGGACGGGAUCCGUACUGUAAUGCACGAGCGUAUGGCUCGUAUUCUACGUCUAUUCGAGGAACGAGGCAAUCGGAUAUUGAUUCUUUGUGCCUUUGGGGUCGGUCAGUCAUGUAACUCUCCUGAUAUGAUAGGAGAAAUUUGGGCUGAUCUACUGCGCUCGAGAGGCGCGAAGUUCCAGGGCGUGUUUGACAAGGUCGUAUUCGCGCUGCCUGGGAAGCACCGUGAAGCAUUUGAGAAGGCUUUCAAUGAA